AUUAUUUGUGGCAUGAACUUUCAGUCACUCAGCAGCAAACUCGCCGAAACAACAUGCCUCCCAACUACGCUGAGUGAUGUUCAGUGACUAUUGCGUGCCGUGACCCACUUCGCCCUCAGCGUCUAGUUAUGCCUGCAUCGCUGUGGGACCAAGUGUCGUUACUUUAGGACCAUUACAUCCGAUUCUGGAGAGGGACGCACUCGACCAUACCGACCAGUUAUUUGGGGCAGAGAGAGAGAGAGUUUCUCCAAGAGAUUGGCUGUGAUAAACAUUAAAUGACUGACUAAAAUCGCCGAUGAUCUUGACAGUGUACCUGAGCGACAGCCAGCAGAUGCUGACAGAGGUGCCCAUCACCCCAGAGACCACCUGUAAAGACGUGGUAGAGUUCUGUAAGGAGGCCGGAGAAGGUGGCUGUCACCUAACUGAUGUCUGGAAGGGCAACGAGAGAGUGAUCCCCUUUGACCACCUGAUGUAUGAGCACCUGCAGGAGUGGGGUCCCAGGAGGAUGGAGGUCAGGUUCUAUCUGAGACACGAAGACUCCCCCUCAGAGAGCAGCGACCAGGGGAGCCAGCUCUCUCAGGAACAGUCCAACAGAGGCAGUAGAGGGAGCUCAGACCAGCCUUGUGAAGAAAGGGUGGGGAACCCUUGCGUGGAGCUGACUCUGUCGGAGCUGCAGGAGAUGGCCACACGGCAACAGCAACAGAUCGAGACCAAACAGCAGAUGCUGGUUGCCAAGGAGCAGCGUCUGAGGUACCUGCAGCAGCAGGACCACAGACAGGGCCAGACAGUGUCAGAGGCUGAGAAGCUACAGAGGUUGAAAGGGCGAGUUGAGAGUCAGGAGGCCAAACUAAAGAAGAUCCGCGCCAUGAGGGGCCAGGUGGACUACAGCAAGCUCAUCAAUGGCAACCUGUCGGCUGAGAUCCAGCAUGUGAGUGGGCAGUUCCAGGAGAAGCAGGCAGAGCUGCAGUCAGCUGUGGUGAAGGUGGACCAGCUCACCCAGCAGCUGGAGGACCUGAGGAGGGGACGUCUCAACGGCCUGCAGCCCCRAGGAGGACCUCUCACUGGCACCGCCGCUCUGGAGCUACGUAAACUCUACCAGGAACUACAGGUGCGUAACAAGCUGAACACGGAGCAUAGUGGCAGGCUGCAGCAGAACAAGGAGCUGCUGAAUAAGCGCAACACGGAGGUGACUAUGAUGGACAAGCGCAUUGGGGACCUUCGCGAGCGCCUGCACAAGAAAAAAACAGAGCUUAACAGGAUAAACGGUCCUCCCUCCCCCCAGUCCAUCCUCAGCAGCUCAGGCCGCGUGGCCGCGGUAUGUCCGUACAUCCAGGUGCCCGUCCCAGGCAGACAGGAGGUGGGCUACGCUCUGCCCCCAGACCCCGUUAAACCACCGUUUGUCCCUGGGACUGGCACCAUCAGCCAUGGCCGCUCCAAAUCAGAGGAGGAAGGGUGCGGUGUGAGGAAGCCCUCCGUCCAAUGGAAGGUCUCAGAUAUAGACAUCAUAGUGGACCCCGUGGAGAUGAGAGAGGGGCCCCGGUCCCCCUCAGGGGCCUGCAGUGCAGACACAGUCUGCAGCCAGGGGCUAGGGCAACAGAAGCAGAGGGGCCUCAGUAACAGGGCUCAAUAUCAACAACAUACAUCCAAUGAAGCAGUGUGGUCCACCCUUAGUAAAAGUGUCUCCCCGAUGCAACCUCCAGAUUGGAGGAACACCAGCCCAGACCAGAGCCUUGACUUCAGUAAGCUACCAGGAGGAUCCGUGUCCAAACCACUACCCAUCUACGGGACCUACCCUGCACCUACUGGCCACCCGUCUAUAGUCUGCUCUACCAGCUCCCUGACCAGGUCUGCCCCUGCCACUUUAGCCUGGCAGCGUUCAGCCCCAGCACCUCCUGGUUACUCCUCCCAGCAGAUCCAGCAGCGUAUCUCUGUCCACCCUAGCCCCACACCCCAGUCAGGCCAGGGGGAGGGGGAGAGGCCUGACCCCCCGCCGGCUGUGGCUGUGAGGCCCUACGUCCCAGACCGGUCCUCCUCCAGGCCUCAGUCCCCCAGGAAGGGCCCUGCCACUAUGAACUCUUCCUCCAUCUACCACAUGUACCUGCAGCAGCCUGCAGCAGCCAAGAGCUACCCAGCAGGAGCCAGGUCUGCUGUCAAAGCAGUGUAUGGGAAACCCGUGCUUCCCUCCAGCACCUCUCCCUCCCCUGUGCCCUUCCAGCAUGGGGCCCUGUCCCCAGGAGGAGAGAGUGGAGAGGACAUGGUGGACAGGGAAGGGAACACCACAGAGGGUAGACUCCUACCCCCUCCCAGUGUGGAGAACAUCCCGCGUCCCCUGAGCCCCACCAAGCUGACCCCCGUGGCCCACUCCCCGCUGCGCUACCAGAGCGACGCCGACCUAGAGGUCCUGCGCCGGCGGCUGACCAACGCACCACGCCCGCUGAAGAAACGCAGCUCCAUCACAGAGCCAGAGGGCCCCACUGGACCCAACAUCCAGAAGCUCCUGUACCAACGCUUCAACUCCCUGGCCGGAGGCAUGGAGGGCAGCAACAACACUCCGUUCUACCAGCCUGUCUUCAUGGGUGGUGUCCUGGGAUGUCCUGACAUGGACAACAUCAACACUGCUAAUGGGAACCUGAUGGAGACAGCCUCCCUUGUGGUCACUGCAGCAGAGGGUCCCAAUUCAGACCAUCGCCUGUCCCCUUCCUCUGACUCCAAUGAAAAUCAGAAGCAGAGGACCCCCCCACCCAGUGAGACCAUUCCCUGCUUGCCCACCCCUCAGCCCAGCCAGGAAGACAACAACAACAACAACCAGCCUGGUCCUACCACCAACAGCACCACCUCCACUCCAAGGCCCAUCCCUGAGGCCUCGUCCCCCCAGCAGAAAGACACCUCUCCCCGGACUGUCACACCCCCGGCAUUGCCUAAGCAGAUCAAGAGGACUAACCUGAAGAAGCCUGAGUCAGAGCGGAUAGGCCACGGGCUGCGGGUCAAGUUCAACCCUCUGGCCCUGCUACUGGAUGCCUCUCUGGAGGGAGAGUUUGACUUGGUGCAGCGGAUCAUCUAUGAGGUUGAGAACCCCAGCACGGCCAAUGACGAGGGCAUCACCCCCCUUCACAAUGCCGUAUGUGCUGGACGUCACCACAUCGUCAAGUUCCUGCUCGACUUUGGAGUUAACGUCAAUGCUGCUGACAGCGAUGGAUGGACCCCACUACACUGUGCGGCCUCCUGUAACAGUGUGCAUCUCUGUAAGCUGCUGGUGGAGUCAGGGGCGGCCAUCUUUGCCACCACCAUCAGUGACGUGGAGACAGCGGCUGAUAAGUGUGAGGAGAUGGAGGACGGAUACACACAGUGUUCCCAGUUCCUCUUCGGGCUGCAGGAGAAGCUGGGGGUGAUGAAUAAAGGGUCUGUGUAUGCGCUGUGGGACUACGAGGCACAGAGCUCAGACGAGCUGUCCUUCCACGAGGGAGACGCCAUCACCACCCUGAGUCGCAGGGACGACGCUGAGACAGAGUGGUGGUGGGCCAGGCUACAUGACAAGGAGGGCUACGUACCACGCAACCUGCUCGGGUUGUAUCCAAGGAUCAAGCCUAGACAACGUUCUCUGGCAUAGAGAAGACGGUGCACUUUGCUGAGAAGGCAGUGCACGUUGUUGCGCUCUGACUGGGCUCAGAGCUGGGUCUGACUGGAUCUGCAGACAGUGGCUGUGCCCGGACAGUGCCCUCUCUCUCUGCCAGUCUGUGCCACCCCAGAACAAAGGACAAGGGCCAGGGCAUGGACAGAGGGGGCCAUAUCCGGACAGAGACAGACAGACAUGCUUGGAAUUGGUGGUCACUUACCAAAGAGGAAGUAGAGACAGUAUCCACGGCCCAGAGAUCUGUCUACAUUUUAUUAAGGUCCCCCCCUGCCCUUCAUUGGAGCAUGAAGCAAUGAAACAAAACAUUUUUGUUGUAUUUUCAAUGACUCCCACCACCCUGCCACCACCCCUCAUUCAGAGAAUACUCUGAGCAGAGCUUCCCUCUUUCCCUUCUCACUCAGUGUUUGUCUCCUGUGUGUCAGUCAGAGUAAGGCCUAAAUGUGACGAUCUCAGAAAAGGGAGCAGAGAACAGCGGCAGUCAUGAGUUAUUGAAUAUGGGUUUUGCAGUAAGUGCUGUUUGAAGGCGAUCAGAGUUCAAACCCUGGAGGUCAUAUCUACUGGGUUCAGCAGAGGAAAGAAGGGAACAGGUUUUUACAAGAUGAGAAAAGGAAGGAAAGUGACAGAAGGUGUAAUUGAAAGACUUUGAAGGCCAGUUAAAACUACUAAAAGAUGUGUGGAAUGUUCUAAACAGUCAUAGAAUGUUGGUGUUAUUUAUGCAAACCAAAAUGUGUUCUGAAGGAAUGAGUGGAAGAUGUAAUGCUGGGAAGGGAAAGUGAAAGUGGCUGCAUUCUCUUCUACAGAUGCAAUAACUAUGAAGCUAACUAUGGGUGUGAAUUUGAACUAAACUCAUCAAACACUCAUAAGCCUACAGUAUAUAAAUGCUUUAUCACCUGAAAAGGCCUAUAGUUGGAUCUCUUUGGAGUUUUUCAUAUUGAGUUACAUUUUAGCAGACGUUUGUACAUUGUUUGGUUUUCCCUAUUUUUGUUUCAAGUUGGUUGUUGUCUUUUUAAUACCCAUCAUGCAAAGUGAUACACAUUUUGAUCACUGAGUAUAGUCAUACCACAGGAGGUUGGUGGCACCUUAAUUGGGGAGGAUGGGCUUGUGGUAAUUGCUGGAGCGGCAUCAGUGGGAAGGUAUCAACAACAUCAAACACAUGGUUUCCAUGAGUUUGAUGCCAUUCCAUUUGCUCCGUUCCAGCCAUUAUUGUGAGACGUCCUCCCCUCAGCAGCAUCCACUGAGCCAUACUGUACUAUCUUUGGUAUAGCCUACCUGUUGACUGAUGCUGGCUUGAUCUAUAGGUUGUGUAUUACCAUCAGUUCUAUGGGAUGGUUUAUGUGACAAAACGAACACCAAACACUAU